AUGGUCCAUCAGGCACAACAUCACUACUACCAACAACAACAACAACAACAAACACAACAACAACUAAAAAUAUUAAAUAAAAAAAUCAAAGAGAAUAUAAGUGGGAAAAAUAAAAAUAAGAAUUUAGAUAAUAAUAAUAAUAAUAAUAAUAUUAAUAAUACAACCACAACUACAAGUAAUAAUAAUAAUAGUAAUAAAAAUACAUCGAAUAGUAAAAAUAGUCAUUUAAGUGAAAAGAGUAGUAAUAGUAAUAGUAUUCCACAAAUUCAAUCUCAAGAUAGCAGAAUAUUUAAUACAUUUACAAAAAAUCAUUUAAAUAAUUUAAUAAAUAAUCAACACAAUAAUAAUUGCUAUAAUAAUAUAACAGCAGGUCAUUAUCAACAACAACAACAACAACAACCACCUCAUCAUCAUCCAGUUUCAAUAAUUAAAAAAGAAUCGUCAUUAUCAUCAUUACCAGUAUCAUCGAAUACAGGAGGGGGAGGAUUUGAAUCAACAAAUAACAAUAAUAAUAAUAAUAAUUCAGUUAGAAGAAAAACAGUAACAAUAGUUGAUAAUAGAGAUAUAAUCAUUGAUAAUUUAACACCAAUUACACCAAUACCACCAAUACCAUCAACAUUACCAUCAACAUUACCAACAAGUUUAAUUAGUCAAAGAAAAAUGAACAAUAAUAAUAAUUUAGAGGAUGAAGAAGAGAACAACAUUAAUAAUGUUGAAAAUGUUAUAAAAUCAAAAUUAGAUGAAGAUAGUUACGAGGAGGAAGAGGAGGAAGAGGAUGAAGAAGAGGACUCAUCAUCAUCAUCAUCAUCAUCAGAUUCAGAUUCAGACUCAGAUUCAGAUUCAGAUUCAUUUGAUUUAUCAUGUGUUCAAAUUCAAAAUGAAGAUUCAGCAGAAGUAAAGAAUUUGAAGAUGAAAUUGUUGAAAGAGAAAUCAAGAGUGUUGGAUACCAAAGAGACAGUCAAUAGUCUAGUUGAGCAAAUCACAGUCUAUAAACAGACUGUUGAAGAGGAAAGACAAAUUUUAGAAGCACAAUUAAAACAAGAGAAAAACACUAAACUGGAAUUAUUUGAAAUCUAUAAAGAGACAGAAGCCGAGAAAGAGAAUCUCACCAAACAAUUGGAGAUUGUAAUAUUGGAAUGUGAGCAAUUGGACAAAGAGAAACAAACCAUCUCCAAAGAAAACAUAAACAAUUUACAAACUCUAAUGAACGAAAUCACUCAUAUCGAAGAAUCAAAUUCACUCUUGGAGAAAGAAUUGGAAAAAGAGAGACAACUUCACCAAAAAACUCAAUUAAAUUUAAAUGAACAAAUUUUAUUAAAUCAAAAAUUAGAAUCUUAUAAUACUGAAAUUUCAAAUAUUACAAACAACAACAACAAUAGUACUGGUAGUAGUGGUGGUAAUACCACCACUACUGGAUCUGCAGCAGAUCAAGUAUUAAUUGUACAAUUGAAAAAACAAUUAUCAGAUACACAACAACAAUUGAAUCAAGAGAAAGAGAGAUUACAAAAUUUGGAUAAUCUUUUAUUCCAAGGUAGAAAGAUAAUUGGAUUCGCUGAAAAGAAUGGUGGACAGUUGGAUCAGAAUGCAAUGUUUGAAAUCAACUCUUUGAAGGGCUCUGUCACUGAUGAAAAGAAUAAUCAUCAUAAGACAUCGAUGUUAUUGGAAGAGGAGAGAAAGAAAUCAGAAUUGAAUAAGAAAACAGCCGAUAAUUUAGUUGCAAGAAUGAAAGAAUUAAUCUCUUCACAUCAUGAAACUUUAUCAUUAUUAGAUGAUGAAAAAGAGAAUUCAAAAUUAUUACAACAAGAAUUACAAGCAUUAAAAGAAUUAUUAACUUCAAAACAACAGCAACAACAACAACAACAAACAAGUGGUAAUGUUGGAGGUACAGCAACUGUAUCAAAUUCAAAUACUCAAACGAUUUCACAACAAACUCCAGCUGCUUCAACUUCUGAAGUUUCUUCACCAAUUGUGCAGGGUGGUAAUACAACUACAAAUACAACCAAUAAUAAUAAUAGUAAUAAUAAUAAUGCUAUUUCAGUACCAUCAUCACCAGAAUAUGAAGAAGGUAAAUUAAAACCAGAUCCAUCAGUUGAAUCAAUUUCUUCACAAGGUAGUGAUGCAUCUUCAACAAAUACUACUACUACUACUACAACUACAACUACUAAAUCAAAUAAUCAAAGAAUGUAUAAAACAAUUCGUAUGAAAAAGAAUGGUGGUAUGAAAAUGGGUGGUGAUAUAAUGUUAAAUUAUAUGGGUGGUAAUAAUGGUAAUAAUAAUGAUAGAUUAGCAGCAACAAUGACAACAACAACAACAACAACACCAGAGAGUUCUUUAGAAUUAUUACCAAAUACAACAGAGCAAGCAUCAUCAACAAAUUCAUUAACUGCAAUGAAUAUUCAAACAAAUGCACAUUCAACUCAUGGUAAUACUUUUGGUGCAUCAUUUAAUCGUUCAACAAGUAGUCAAGAUAUUAUUGUUAGUGGUACUGCAACCACUUCAAAAUCAUCAAUGGCAAAAUUGGGUGCAAACUUUUUCCUUACACCUGAUCAACAACAUGCUUUAGCUUCAACUUCAAAUUUAUCAUCAUCAACUAAUAAUAACUCUGCCACUGCUACUACCACUGCUACUACCACCACCACCACCACUGGUGGUAAUAAAGAUAAUAUUAAUGAUAUUAUGCAAUUCCCAUCAACACCUGUAUAUCUUACAAAUUCACCAAAAACAUUGGAAAGAAAGAAUACAAGUUCAAAAUCAUUAACUAAAAUCGAUAAAGAAAAUAAAGAACGUGAAAAGAGAUUAGAGAAAGAAAAGAAAGAAAUGACUAAAAAGAAUGAAAAAUAUUUAAAGAAAUUAGAAAAAAUUGAAAAAGCUGAACAAGAGAAAAAAGCUGAUCAAGAAAAGAAAUUAAAAGAAAAAGAAAAAGAAAAAGAAAAAGAACAACCACCACCAACAAAUAAUGUAUCCGUUAAAAAAGAAAAGGAAAAAGAAAAAGAAAAGGGAAAAGGAAAAGGAAAAGAAAAAGAAAAAGAAAAAGAAAAAGAAAAUAAUUUAAAUUCAAGUGUAAAUAAUAAUAAUAAUAAUAAUAAUAAUCCCCCCCCAACUAAAGGUUUGGUUGAUUCAACAUCAUCAUCAUCAAAUAAUUCAAGUAAUCCUAGUAGUUUAAGUAAUAGUCAGGAAGGUUCAAAUUUACAAUCUUCAAAGUCAAAUCCAAACUUUAAAGAAAGUGACACACAAUUACCAACUUCAUCAUCACCACCACAUCUUUCUCAUAUUGUCGACAAUAAUUCAGUCUCUUCAACUUCAUCUCUUUCAUCUUCAAAUUCAACAAAUUCAACUCGAUCACCAUCAUUAUCUAGUCAAAAAGAUAAAGAAACAAUUAAUAAGAGAAAAUCCUUAUUUUUUGGAAAAUCAUAA